AUGGUAUCGAUAUCAAGUAUUGUCGGUAUAGUACUACCUUUAGUGUUGUGUUUCAAAUAUGCCUCUUCAAUAUUAUGUUACGACUGUAACAGCGCUUAUGAUCCGCGAUGCGGGGAAGAGUUCGAUUCGUUCAGUCUCGGCAUCGUCAACUGCUCGCUGAGGGACCCCCCCGAACAUAUAACCCCUGUCGAAUCUACCUUUUGCCGAGUUAUUAAAAUGGAAAUCUACGGUAAAGUACGUAUCGUACGUCAAUGCGGAUUUAUAGAGGAAGAGACGGGAGAACACAUGUGUCGAAGGCAAACGGGAAACGGGGAGGUUUACAUCACAUACUGUACUUGUGACACCGACUUAUGUAACGCAGCAUCAGAAAUUAAUCAUAAAAUGGCGCUAAUCAUCGCAAUUACGACUAUUUCUUUGUAUAUAUUA